CUCCGAAACUACACAACACACUCUCUUCUCUCUCUCCGCCUCCAUUAUCUUCGAAAGACCAAAUCUGAUCCUCUCUCUCUCCUUCUUCCCGUUUCCUCCAUUAACACACAGAGAGCUCCAACAAGCUUCCUCCUUUAUCUAAAGAGGAGAGAGAGAGAGAGAGAGAGAGUUUCCAGAUCGGAUCGGAUUUUGCAAGAUGCAGACGGCAAACAACUGUCCAGAUUCGUCGUCGGCGGCGGCGGCUACACCAGCCGGGACAACGCCACCUCCUCCCUCGCAACAACAACAACAACAGUGGCAACAACAUCAACAAUGGAUGGCGGCUAUGGCUAUGAUGCAGCAGCAGCAACAGAUGAUGAUGUAUCCUCCUCACCACCAAUACGCUCCUUACAACCAAGCUGCUGCUUAUCCUCAGUUUCAAUACGCUCCUCCUUAUCACCAGCAACAACAACAGAAGCGUGGUGGAUCUAGUGGUGACGAUGUGAAGACUCUCUGGAUUGGUGAUCUUCUUCAUUGGAUGGACGAGACUUAUCUCCACACCUGUUUCUCUCACACCAACCAGGUUUCCUCUGUGAAAGUGAUACGAAACAAGCAAACUAGUCAGUCAGAAGGCUACGGUUUUGUCGAGUUCCUCUCACGUUCCGCAGCUGAGGAAGUUCUUCAGAGCUACAGCGGCGUAACAAUGCCUAACGCUGAGCAGCCCUUCCGUUUGAACUGGGCAUCUUUCAGUACCGGCGAGAAGAGAGCUUCCGAAAACAACGGUCCUGAUCUAUCUUUAUUCGUAGGAGAUUUGGCUCCUGAUGUGACUGAUACUCUGCUGAUGGAGACUUUUGCUGCGUACCAAUCUGUCAAAGGUGCAAAAGUUGUGAUUGAUUCCAACACCGGGCGUUCCAAAGGCUACGGGUUUGUCAGGUUUGGUGAUGAGAGCGAGCGGUCAAAGGCGCUGACGGAAAUGAACGGCGCUUUCUGCUCGAGCAGGCAGAUGCGUGUUGGUGUUGCAACCCCCAAAAGAGCCGCUGCUUACGGCCAACAAAAUGGUGGUUCACAAGCUCUGACACUGGCUGGUGGACAUGGAGGAGAUGGUUCUACGGCUGAUGGGGAAUCAAAUAACUCAACGAUAUUUGUUGGAGGUCUUGACGCUGAUGUUACUGAAGAAGACCUCAUGCAACCUUUCUCCCAGUUUGGGGAGGUUGUUUCGGUCAAGAUUCCAGUAGGAAAAGGAUGCGGUUUUGUCCAAUUUGGUAGCAGGCAGAGUGCUGAAGAAGCCAUCGGGAACUUGAACGGGACAGUCAUUGGGAAGAACACUGUCCGGCUUUCUUGGGGAAGAAGCCCAAACAAACAGUGGAGAAAUGACUCUGGCCACCAAUGGAACGGAGGAUACUCAAGAGGACAAGGUUACAACGGAUAUGCGAAUCAGGACUCAAACAUGUAUGCUACUGCAGCGGCUGCUGUCCCUGGAGCUUCUUGAAAAGUGUUGGUUUGUCACUAUCAUCAAAAACCCCGUGAGGUCCUGGACUUGCUUACGGGCAUUGGUUACUAAAACAAGCCAUCGGAAAUGUCAAAGCGAUCCAAUGAUCAGUUGUUGGUAUCAGGGGUUAGAUGGUCUUGUAUCCUGGAUUUGAAUUCUACUUGUCUUUCUGUCUCUGUCAAAAUUUUGGGGUUGCCUUAAACUUGAAUUUUUGUUCUCAGUUUCCUAAGUUUAUUUGUCAUGUUACCAGUAA